CUCCUCUGCUCCUCUCUGUCUGUCUGGCUCUGGUUGAACGAACGAUUCCUCCGAUCCGGGGGGAGUGGAGGAUGGAGGACGAUCCAGCAGCAGGUCAUGGCGAUGGAUGGCGGUGAGGUGACCCGACAAUUUCUCCCCGGCGUCUCCUCUCCUCCACAAACGUAGUGAGGCUCGCUCCUCCAUGGCUAUAUAGCGGAAAGAAGAACUCGAGGAGAAGAGCUAACGCGUGUACUACGCAAAGGCAGUGAUCGAGAGGGGGCAAGCAAGAGAGGGAGAGAGGACGUACAGAUCGGCGCCGGGCGGGUCGAUCGAGAGAUCAUACGUACGACGACAAUGGCGGAGGCGGCGGACAUGGAGCGGAUCUUCAAGCGGUUCGACACCAACGGCGACGGCAAGAUCUCGCUGUCGGAGCUGACGGAGGCGCUGCGGACGCUGGGGUCCACCUCCGCCGACGAGGUGCAGCGCAUGAUGGCCGAGAUCGACACCGACGGCGACGGCUGCAUCGACUUCAACGAGUUCAUCACCUUCUGCAACGCCAACCCGGGGCUCAUGAAGGACGUCGCGAAGGUCUUCUGAUCGAUCACCUACCUACGUACCUGAUCAUUCAUCCUUCCUACUACAAUCAAAGAGUCACCUACACCUAUCAAUCAUCGUCGUCGCUCGAUCAGCUGGCUCGCCGAUCGUCUUUGAUUAUUUCAUUUGGGGUGGUUUACCUUAAGCACUGCUAGCUAGUACAUACGAGCUCCAUCAGUUUGAUUCUGAUGAUGAUGAGUCUCGCUUUCUUUAUCCUAUUGUUGGCUUCCAAUCCAAUAUAUAUGGACGACUUUUCUUUUCUUUUCUUUUUCCCCGUUCAUAUGUGCCUCCGAUAAGUAAAUUGUACUGCCCUGGCAGGCCAGCUUAAUUUCUAUGUAAUUCAUUAUUGGAGAAGCGAACCAUCUA